AUUAAUUCUACUGAUAUCUUCGUAAUUGAAUAGUAGCGAGAUACGGCCCGGUGAGCUUUGAACACUAAUCAUCUAACUAUAAAAAGCCUUUGUAGCUACCGCGAGUUCGAUGCUGACCAAUCGGGUGACUGAUAUUGCACGCUAAGUCCCUUGUCCGGAAUAGUGUUAGUUAGUGUGAUCUCGAGGGUUGACGGCAUUUAUAACUAGUGCACAGAACUGCGAGGGCAACGUGCAAUCAUCACUGGAAAAACAACUACGAUUGACCACAAGGACAUCAAAUACCGUGCAAAAAUGUUGCAGCACACACUUGCUGUGAUUGUGGUUUUAACAGUAUUACAGUCAUCAAGAGCAGACAAAAUCACUGAUCUUCAAAUGCAGAUCAAGAUGCUGGCACAAGGACUGCAGAAUUGUCAAAGAGGACUGAACUCUGAUGUUUUUGAUAUGAAACUUCACUAUCUUGACGUGAACACCACAUGUAAUGAUGGAACCCGUGCGGGAUACUAUCUCAAGACGUCUUACGGUAGCAAGAGGUGGAUCGUUUAUCUUGAAGGUGGAUGGUUUUGUACCAAUCGACAGUCGUGUAACAGAAGAGCAAAUUCACGCAUGCGCAAUUUGAUGACAUCUCGUCAUUGGAGGAAUAUUACCAUAGGAACGGGGAUGUUAUCGUCUAGUCCAACGGAGAACCCUAAUUGGUGGAACGCUAACCACGUGUUGAUUCCCUACUGUUCUAGUGACGCAUGGACCGGAAAUGCAAGUCGACACGAGACUGGGGAGAAGUUUUCGUUUCUUGGUUCACGCAUCAUUGAAAAAGUCAUCGAGGAUAUUUUACCACAAGGUCUUUAUCGCGCCAAACACUUGUUAUUGGCUGGAAGUAGUGCCGGUGCCAUUGGGGUUCUCUUGAAUGUUGACCGGGUAGCGGCUAAACUACGUAGUCUUGGGUUCAAAGUCAAUGUCCGCGGUCUUGUAGACUCUGGCUGGUAUCUUGAUAACAUAACUAGAAAACCAGGCUGCACGCAAGGGUCGUGCCCAGCGAAGACAAUCAAAGAAGGCAUGAGGUACUGGAAAGGAGUGGUCCCUGACGCAUGCGCAGCUAAAUACCCUUUACAAGAAUGGAAAUGCUACUUUGGAAACAUUGUCUAUCCCACAUUGAAUUCUUCCACUUUUAUUUUCCAAUGGCUGUACGACGAGACGCAGCUUGCUUUAGACGGGUCAGGUUUACCAAAAUCAUUGAAAGGAGUCACACAAGAACAAGUUCAAUUUAUAGUGAUGUUAGGCAUACAGCUUAAACAUUCUCUAAGACAGAACAAUGUGCACUCCGUGUUCGCCCCUGCGUGCCUCUAUCAUACCGUCUUAACCGAUAGCAACUGGCUWAAGAUAAAAAUCGAUAAAUACACCCUCGACGAUGCCUUAACGUGCUGGAUGAACUCAGCCGGUCACAAUCAAGGUUCUAAGCGACAUAGGAACAGAAUACGUCGUGGAAGGAAAUGUAGAAUGCACCUUGUAGAUCGUUGUCACCAUCCGCAAUGUAAUCCCACGUGUCCAAAUCCACGGGAUCCCUAUACCGGACAACCCUACGGUUCUCUAACGCGACCCGGGCUGGUAAUACCCGGUGUACCAAUAAGUUUAAAUAAUCCUCCCUCUCAGGUAGAUAGAGGAUUUCAAUAAACAACRAUCCGUAACGAAUUACGUAUACGUAAGGUCMACGUAAGAGGCUACGACGUAUGUACGUACUGAGGCGGAAACUAUUCUAUGACUACGCGUAAUGAAGCGCCAAAAAUGAUAGAAGUUAAGUUUUCAAACAAAAUUUAAAUAUCUAUUUGUAUAAUAAGACUGCCUUGACAGGCUACUAUGAUGACAUUAGUGUCCAGUCCUCUCGRUGCUAUGUACCACAGGAAUCCUGAAAAUCUCUGUUUAUAUAUUGAACUACUUGGAUUUUACAGGUGACGAACUGGUUUUUCUGUUUUAUUAUCUCGUU